AUGGCAGCUACCAUAGAUUCACCUUCAUCAGCCUCUGCAGCAGCUGCUGCAGCAGCAGCUGCCGCUUCUAAUUCAACUUCUUCACCUGGAAAUUCAAUUUCUUCUUCCUCUUCUACAUCCUCUUCAAAUAAACAUGGUGGUUAUCAUCAUAACCAUCAUAAGUCUCAUGGCCAUCAUGGACACCACGGCCAUCACGGCCAUCAUCAUCCGUCCCAUCACACAAAUAAUAGUUCGAGCCAAAGUAUCAGCCACAGUAGCCAUCCUCACCAUCACUCUAAAAAGGACAGCCAUCAUCUUAAGGCUAAACAAUCUCCACAACUUCCACCAGCACAAGAAGAAUCAACUUUACCUGUCUUUUUUGAACCUUCUUCUCCAUCUUCUACCUCUCCUAGUGCACCCUCUCAACUUUCAAAAACUUCAAUGCUAUCCCCUUCUUCUUGUUCUUCUUCUUCAUCUUCUCCUACUUCAUCUCCUAAAAACCCUCCUUUGUUCAAAACUGACAUUCUUUCAUCUGCUGCAGCAGCAGCAGCAGCUGCAGCUGCAGCCGUAACUGUUGCUGCUAAUCCUUCUACAAUCACUACCACUACCAACAACACCAACAACAAUAAUAACAACACUACCAAUGCAUCAUCAUCAUCAUCAUCAUCCUCUACAAAUACCUCUGUAACUUCCACCAAUGGACCAUUUUCUUGUUCUUCCCCGGAAACAAUUCUGGCCCCUAUGGCUACUUCUAUAGUCAAUCCUCAAUCUUUUUCUUCAGCAUCAACUGCUACUGCUGCUACUGCUGCCGCUGCUGCCGCUGCCGCUGCCGCUGCUUCUUCUGCCUCUGCUUCUGCUAUUGCUUCUUUUGCUGGUACUGCAACUGGCUCUAAUCAGCAACCUCCACAUGCCCCUCCAAUUAUUAUUAAUAAUUAUAACAACAACAAUAAUAAUAAUAAUAAUAAUAAUAUUGCCCAAACACUCACCAUAGACCAAGACCUUGCAGACCUAUCUCCUACAAACACAAACACAAACUCUCACAUCAUUUCUUUAAAUACCGCGACCCCUCAACCGGCCUCUCCAACUCUCUCCAUCAAAACCCUCCAGGCUACUCUCCAUCCUUCUGAAGACCUUCCUCCAAAAUACUCGGAAAUUAGCCCCCGUUCAAGUACCUUUUCUUCUACUUCAACAACGUCUGCCUCUACCUCUACUUCUACCUCCAACGCAGCUGCUACUGCAGCAGCAGCUGCCGCAGCCGCUACUUCUGCCGCCUCUGCCGGAGUUUCUCCAACCUCUAGUAUCUCUUCUGCUUCAACUUCAACUGCCCCUAAAAAACCCUCCUCCGUCGUCUCAACAACUUCUAAAAAACUCCCCGAUACCCCCAUCGACACGUCAGCAACAAACACAAGUGACAAUUCAUCCUACUCGGAUUCAUGCUCAGAAGAUGACGAAGAUGAUGAAAUGUCACCCAAUGACGAGGAAAAUGCACAGGACUAUUGCACUGGUGGCUAUCACCCUGUUGAAAUUGGAGAAACUUUUAAGGAUGGCCGCUACGUUAUCGUCCGCAAACUCGGCUGGGGCCACUUUUCAACCGUCUGGCUCGCUAAAGAUACACACAAUAACAACCGCCAUGUCGCAAUGAAGGUUGUUCGCUCCGCAGUACACUACACGGAGGCUGCCAUUGACGAAAUCCACCUUCUCAAACGCGCUGUUGAUGCUAACCCUGACCACCCAGGCCGCAAACACGUUGUUUCUCUCCUCGACUCGUUCCAGCAUGAGGGACCCAAUGGCUCCCACGUUUGCAUGGUUUUCGAGGUUCUCGGCGAAAACCUUCUCGGCCUUAUCAAGCGCUACAAGUACAAGGGUAUCCCAAUGCCCCUGGUUAAGCAAAUUACCAAACAAGUUCUUCUUGCUCUUGAUUAUCUUCAUCGCGAGUGUGGCAUCAUUCAUACUGACCUUAAGCCUGAAAACGUCCUCAUUGAAAUUGGUGAUGUUGAAUUCAUUGUAAAGCAACUCGAGGAAGAAGAACAACUCAAGCGCAUGCAGAGCAGAGCAAAGAGACGAGCCUCAGAGGCUUCAUCUGCAGACCCAAGUGCCCUUCGUAAGGGUCGUCGUCCUCGUCGUAAAUCUGUCGUUACGGGCUCUCAACCCCUUCCUAGUCCUCUGCGCUCAAACUCGGUUUUUUUUAAUGAGUUUAGCAUGUCUCCUGCCUUUGUCAGUGAUGUGGAUUCUUCGGUCCCUAACUCUGCCCCAACCUCAAAGGCUACCUCUAAAACUAGAGAGUUUACAAAUUACAUGGCUCAACAACAACAGCUUUACCAACAGCAACAGCCCCAUCUUCAAAACUUGCAGAAACUUCACCAACAACAUUUGCAAAUGAAGUUUGGCACCCAGUCCCAAGAUGCACUGACUCCUUCAGGUGGCUCUUCCUCGCUUGUUAAUCUCCAUCACCUGGCUACAGCAAAUGCUGCUGCUUCUGUAUCCAUUGGCUCAAGUUCCAAUAUUGAGGGUCGCCUUUCCUCCUUUUCUAUUUCUCAAGAAGCCACCUCGACACAACUCCAGUCUGCCCCUGGAUCACCCUUAUUUGGGUCCCAAAAUGGCCUGACACCUUUACCCGCCCACCUCCAACCCUUAUCUAAUAAUACCCAACAACAACCCCAGCUUCUUCAUGGAGCUGUCAUUUCUACAAGUGCGUCGCUGGCCAACUCUGUUGCGUCGUCAGUUGCACCGUCCCGAUCGUCGUCGCAGGCGGCGCUGUAUGGAAGCCAGUAUGGACAAACAGCGCUGGAGGAAGGCCUUAUUUCCGUCAAGAUUGCUGAUCUUGGCAAUGCGUGCUGGGUCAAUCGCCAUUUUACUAAUGAUAUUCAAACACGACAAUAUCGGUCGCCAGAAGUGUUGCUGGGCUCGUUUUGGGGCGCGUCGACUGAUGUGUGGUCCAUGGCGUGUUUGGUUUUUGAGCUACUUACUGGUAACUACUUGUUUGAUCCACACUCGGCGCAGACGUAUAGCAAAGAUGAUGACCAUAUUGCACAAAUUAUUGAGCUGUUGGGCCGCAUGUCCUCGCACGUUUUACUGACGGGUAAGUGGGCGUCGGAGUACUUUAACCGACGCGGAGAGUUACGGCACAUUAAAAAGUUGAGGCCCAAGCCGCUCUACGAUGUUCUUAAGGAGUAUAAUUUCACGCAUGAAGACUGUGAGUCCAUUGCUUCAUUUUUACUACCGAUGCUAGAACUUAAUCCGAAAAAACGGGCCGAUGCUGGAGGCAUGAGUAACCAUGAAUGGCUUAAGGAUGCAAUGGGAUUUGAAAAUGUUAGUCCAAUUGAUCGUGUUGCUGGGAACUCGGGUAAAGAUAUUGAAGGUUGGUGUAAGGAAGUCCGUCGGCGAUGA